UUGAAUGAAUAAAUGUCAUUCAUUGUAUAUUAGAUGUAUACAAUUUAUUUUAUUAUAAUAUUUAAUAUAUAUAUUGCACAUAUAUAUGAUAUAUAAACAUUACUGAAAUGUUUGUGAUAAGAAAAGACUAAAGAGACCACUGAUGAAGAUUAAUGACUCAGGGUGUGAGUGAUUCUGCCGAUCAAACCUUCGCCCCUUUUCCUCCCGCUGCUUCACACCCAACAGACAGAUUUCGAGCAUGUUUUGGAGUUACUGCCGGCUCCGCAAGAGCCAGUGCGUCCGUCUGAUACUCAUCUGCCAGGUUCUAUCGCUGAUCAUGGUGUGUUGGGACAAAAGCGUCUUCAACCACCUCAAGUCCUAUUCAUGCCGCUUCCUGGUCGACUGCUUCAGGGACGUCAACAAGAGCCUCACCAUCACCCGGGAACAGGCCCGGAGCUUCAGCAACUUCCGCAGCCUGCUGGACCACCCGGACAAAUGCGCCGGUAAGGAUGUCCUCCUCCUGGUCUUUGUCAAAACCUCUCCUGGGAACCGUGCCAGGCGUGACGCCAUCAGGUCCACUUGGGGCAGCGAGACCUACAUCCAGCGCACGCUGGGAGUGACUGUGAAGGUGGUGUUCGCCUUAGGAGCCCCUGCCAUGGAUGAAAUCUUGCCUUUUAACGCUGACGCUGUUCAAAGGCAGCUCGUCCAAGAGAACAGCCGCCAUGCCGAUUUGAUCCAGCAGGACUUCACGGACUCCUUCCACAAUCUGACCCUUAAGCUGAUCAUGCAGUUCCACUGGAUGCACCGCUGCUGCGCUCACGCUCGCUUCCUAAUGAUCACCGACGACGACGUCUUCAUCCACAUGCCAAACCUAGUGGGGUACCUGCGGGACAAGAGCACGCUGGGCGCCACUGGCUUUUGGGUGGGCCGGGUGCACUGGGGGGCUCCGCCCAUCCGUAGUAAGAACAGUAAGUACUACGUGUCUUUGGAGAUGUACCAAUGGCGGUCUUACCCCGACUACACAGCAGGAGGGGGCUACGUGAUAUCCGGCGACGUGGCCGGCAAGAUCUACCAGGCCACGCUGACGCUGAACGCCUCGCUCUACAUAGACGACGUGUUCAUGGGCAUCUGCGCCAUGGCUGUGGGUGUGUCGCCACAGGCCCACAUGUACUUCUCAGGGGAGGGCAAGGCUCCCCGCCACCUGUGCAUCUACGACCGGAUGAUGACCUCCCACGGCCACACGGAGGAUCUCCACGACCUGUGGAAGGCGGCCACACACCCCCACGUGAAAGAGAAGGCAUCUGGGAUCUUAGGCAGACUGUACUGCACAGCCACUAAGAUCUCUCUGCUCUGUAACCCCCUCGCUUUCAACGGCUAUCCCUGCACGGCCGCGUUUUACUGAGUCAACUUGCUGUCCGUCAAGUCAAACAUGCCUCCUGAUGUGACACUUUCAACACCAGACUCAUGACAAAAAAUGUGUGAGAAACACACAACAAGAGGAUAGAGAAGAAGGAGCUUAUUGACUACAGCGUUAGACUACGAUGGUGAACUUGCGCAAAGCUCUUCGGGUGAAUUUCUACCAUAUCGAGUUAUCCGCUGACAAAUGGGGAAAAAAUGUCACAAAUCGGGUAAAAUACAACCUCCGCCAAAAACAUUCACGCCAUGUAGGGGUGUAACGAUUGAUCUGUGUAUCAAUAGAUCGAUUUCUAUUCCUAAAUUUCGAGUAUAUCGAUCUGUGCUCGGCAAGUAUAACUUCUAGAAGAUAGGUAUCAAUUCGUUUAAAAAAAGAAUCGAUCAAUUUAGUCAAUACUAGAAAAAGGAAAACAUUGGAUUUAAAGGCCUACUGAAAGCAACUACUACCGACCACGCAGUCUGAUAGUUUAUAUAUCAAUGAUGAAAUCUUAACAUUGCAACACAUGCCAAUACGGCCGGGUUAGAUUAGUAAAGUGCAAUUUUAAAUUUCCCGCGAAAUAUUCUGCUGAAAUGUCUCGCUAUGAUGACGUUUGCGCGUGCCGUCACGGAUAGUAGCGGACAUUUUGGGACACCAUUGUGGCCAGCCAUUAAGUCGUCUGUUUUCAUCGCAAAAUUCCACAGUAUUCUGGACAUCUGUGUUGGUGAAUCUUUUGCAAUUUGUUUAAUGAACAAUGGAGACAGCAAAGAAGAAAGCUGUAGGUGGGAAGCGGUGUAUUAGCGGCCGGCUGCAGCAACACAAACACAUAGCCGGUGUUUCAUUGUUUACAUUCCCGAAAGAUGACAGUCAAGCUUUACCAUUGGCCUGUGGAGCACUGGGACAACAGAGACUCUUACCAGGAGGACUUUGAGUUGGAUAUGCGGUACCGUGAGUACGCAGCUGCGGCUUCCAAACAUUUGAUCGCUUGCCCGUACGUGCGUGCCGCUAUGUGCAUGUCACGUACGUAACUUUGGAGACUUUGGGGAAAUAUAUGUGCUGUAUGAACUUUGCGGAGGUGAACGGUACUUUGGGCUGUGGGAUUGAGUGUGUUGUGCAGGUGUUUGAUUUGUAUUGGCAGGUUAUAUGGACGGAAGGGGGGAGGUGUUUGUUAUGCCGGAUUAAUUUGUGGCAUAUUAAAUAUAAACCUGGUUGUGUUGUGGCUAAUAGAGUAUAUAUAUGUCUUGUGUUUAUUUACUGUUGUAGUCCUUCCCAGCUGAAUAUCAGGUCCCACCCGCCUCUCACAGCAUCUUCCCUAUCUGAAUCGCUUCCACUGCCUUCUAGUCCUUCACUCUCACUUUCCUCAUCCACGAAUCUUUCAUCCUCGCUCAAAUUAAUGGGGAAAUCGUCACUUUCUCGGUCCGAAUCGCUCUCGCUGUUGGUGGCCAUGAUUGUAAACAAUGUGCAGAUGUGAGGAGCUCCACAACCUGUGAUGUCACGCUACUUCCGGUACAGGGAAGGCUUUUUUAUCAGCGACCAAAAGUUGCCAACUUUAUCGUCGAUGUUCUCUACUAAAUCCUUUCAGCAAAAAUAUGGCAAUGUCGCGAAAUGAUCAAGUAUGACACAUAAAAUGGAUCUGCUAUCCCCGUUUAAAUAAGAAAAUCGCAUUUCAGUAGGCCUUUAAGAACGGCGGAGUAAGUCUGUUUCGCCCAUCUCAAAAGAAAACUGACGAAAAACUACGGUGACUGAGAAAAGCCACAACAAACGCAAACGCCACAAGACAAUGUCAUUAAUUACAACACACUUUUGAAUACAGCUACAACAACUACGAUUGAGACAACACAAUCAUUUAAAGGCCGCAACACAACUUUUAGCCACAAAAGAUACAACUGACAAAACGAAAGUGACAGCGGAGCAAGUUACAGCAGCGCACUGACUUCACCUGCAGUGUCCAACAUCCAUACUCGCCAACCCUCCCGGUUUUACCGGGAGACUCCCGGAAUUCAGCGCCUCUCCCGAUAACCUCCCGGAAGAAAUGUUCUCCCGAUAAACUCCCGGAAUUCAGCCGGAGCUGGAGGCCACGCCCCCUCCAGCUCCAUGCGGACCUGAGUGGGGACAGUCUGUUUUCACGUCCGCUUUCCCACGAUAUAAACAGCGUGCCUUCCCAAUCACGUUAUAACUGUAGAAUGAUCGAGGGCGAGUUCUUGGUUUCUUAUGUGGGUUUAUUGUUAGGCAGUUUCAUUAACGUCCUCCCAGCGCGGUAACAACACACAACUACACCAGUCACGUUUCCGUCUACCGUAAAGCUGUUCGUCUGCCGUAAACAGCAAUGUUGUGACACUCUUAACAGGACAAUACUGCCAUCUACUGGAUAGCCUGCGGCACACUGAAAUUCAAGUAUUUAUUUUAUUUAUAUGUAUAAUAAAAUAAAUAUAUAUAGCCAGAAUUCACUGAGAGUCAAGUAUUUCAUACAUAUAUAUAUAUAUAUGAAAUAUAUAUGAAAUACUCGAGUUGGUGAAUUCUAGCUGUAACUAUACUCCUCCCCUCUUAACUACGCCCCCUCCCCCAACCACACCCCCGACCACGCCCAACCCCACCCCCCACCUCCCGGAAUCGGAGGUCUCAAGGUUGGCAAGUAUGCCAAUAUCCACUAUUUAUUUCACAGUCCCACUGCUUGAUUUUUUACUAGAAUGUUACUGAAUUUCAAUUAAAUUUUGAAUUUAAACUCACUGAAUCGUUUUGGAUCGAAUUGUUCUAAAAAUAAAAAAAAGAUUGUUCCUAAAUCGUAUCGGCAACCACGAAUAUCAAAUCAAAUCGAAUCUUUCUGACGAAUCGUUACACCCCUACCACCGUGUUUGAUUUCUAUUUUUCAGGACUUAGGCGGAUCCCAAAUACACAAAAAGAGGUACCAAUAAAAAAGAAAAGUGAGUUUUGCACAAUAGGCCCCUUUUAUUCUUGUAUAGCAGCAAUGUCAAACUUAUCGGGCCCUAUCGCAACCAUGGCUGCACCCAAGUGCAACAGUGGUGCAACAGUGAAUCCAUCCAUUCAUCCUUCUUCUACAGCUUGUCCAUCUCAGGGUCGUGGGGGGCUGCAGCCUAUCACAGCCACACUCGGGCAGAAGGCAGGGUACACCCUGGACAAGUCACCACCUCAUCGCAGGGCCAACACAAACAGGAAUGAAUAUACAUGUAUUAUAGUCUGUUACACAAUUUGCAUAGACAACUGUUUUUGAUUAUUAAAUGUAAAAUUAAAAAAUGUGAAAAUAUCAAUCUGUUGGUGGUGAAUCCCAAGAUGCAGAGAUGGCAGGCGUAGCGCAAGAAAACAUGACUUUUAUAUGACAACAGGAGACAGGAAACAGGAUACCAGGGAACCAAUCAUCGAGCCCUGACUGGAGGGCGAGGCAGACAUAAAUAGCAGCCAGCUGAUUGACAACAGGUGUGGCCAGGCUGCCAAUAAGCAGCAGGUGAGGGGAAACAGCGCUCAGGGAGACAAGCAGGAAAUGGAACCAAAAUAAGAGCACUGACAGGAAAUAGACACCUACCAAGGAAACACAACCCGACGUGAAUGUGACAGAUUGGGAGGAGGCUUGUAGGCGUCUGAUGGCCAUCCGUUCAGCAGGAAAGCAGGAGGCCGUGGAUGCGACGAGCAUGGCGGGCGUGACGUGGGACGGCCCGCCAAAGACGAAGAUGACGGCGCCGUGGGACGGCCCGCCGGAGACAAGGAUGAUGACGACGCCGUGGGACGGCCCGCCGGAGAAAAGGAUAAUGACGAACGACCCUGUGGGACGGCCAGCCGGAGACCGGCAUCCAGAGACGAAGAAGAUGGUGACGCCGUGGGACGGGCCACCAGAGACAAUGAUGGUGUUUCCAGAGCAGGCGGCUGGGCUGUCGGCGUGUCCACGCUGGCGUCUGCGAUGUCCUCACUUGAAGAGGUGAGCGCUGUGCUUCCGCACAGCUGACCUUAGCCCCCCCCCCCCAAAGGGACGGAUUCCAGAUGUCCUAAAUAAAUAAAUGAUGAAUGGAUUAUACUUGUAUAGCGCUUUUCUACCUUCAAGGUACUCAAAGCGCUUUGACAGUAUUUCCACAUUCACCCAUUCACACACACAUUCACACACUGAUGGCGGGAGCUGCCAUGCAAGGCGCUAACCAGCAGCCAUCAGGAGCAAGGGUGAAGUGUCUUGCCCAAGGACACAACGGACGUGACUAGAAUGGUAGAAGGUGGGGAUUAAACCCCAGUAACCAGCAACCCUCCGAUUGCUGGCACGGCCACUCUACCAACUUCGCCACGCCCUUCUGCGGGGAGGGACCUGGGGGGUCUCGGGUCCUGUCGACUCUGGCCGCCCCCCUGGACAGGGACUAUAUAUAAUAGCCCUUUUACACAAUUUGCAUAGGCAACUGUUUUUGAUUAUUAAAUGUCAAAUUAAAAAAAUUGAAAGUGCCAUAAUCCGUUGGUGGUGAACCCCAAGAGCAGAGAUGGCAGGCGUAGCGCAGGAAAAUAUGACUUUAAUAGGAUAACAGGAGACAGGAGACAGGAAACAGGAUACCAGGAAACCAAUCAUCGAGCCCUGACUGGAGGGUGAGGCAGGCAUAAAUAGCAGCCAGCUGAUUGGCAGCCUGGCUACUUUAAUAGGAUAACAAGAGACAGGAAACAGUAUACCAGGAAACCAAUCAUCGAGCCCUGACUGGAGGGUGAGGCAGGCAUAAAUAGCAGCCAGCUGAUUGACAACAGGUGUGGCCAGGCUGCCAAUCAGCAACAAGUGAGGGGAAACAGCGCUCAAGGGAGACAAGCAGGAAAUGGAACUAAAAUAAGAGCGCUGACAGGAAAUAGACACCAACCAAGGAAACACAACCCGACGUGAAUGUGACAGAUCGUCACAGAAAGAUUGAUGGAAAACCUUCUUUGAAACCAAGUCAAGUCAUCAAUUUAAGUGGACCCCGACUUAAACAAGUUGAAAAACUUAUUCGGGUGUUACCAUUUAGUGGUCAAUUGUAUGGAAUAUGUACUUCACUGUGCAACCUACUAAUAAAAG